AUGAUUCAAUACAUAGACGACAUCCUUAUUGGCAGCCAAACAUUUGUCGAGAUGUACGAGAAGCUUGAGAGGAUCCUUGAAGUAACCAAUGUAACCGACGUGAGAAAGUUUUUGGGUCUCACUGGUUAUUUCCGCAAGUUUGUUCCCAGUUAUGCCAUAAUUUCAGUGCCAUUAAGAGUCUUAUUGCACAAGUAUCAUCCGUUUACAUGGAAAACACCACAAGAAGCCUUCGACGAGUUGAAGAAAUUCCUAAUCUCAAAUCCAGUUGCCACCAGUUAUCGCUUAGACGAAGAGCAUGAAUUACAUAUGUAUGCCAGUGCCGUUGGUUUCCGAUCUUUUCUAUGA